AUGCCUCCUAAACAGUCUCAAUGGAACAAUCCAAUGCUUCCUCAUCACACAGUCCCUUCAAUGUCAUUCAGCAGCAUGUCUGUAGAAGACAUUCUUGCUCACUAUGAACCCACUUCAGACUUAUCCGAGCAUAUACUAUUAGCGAAAGAGCAAGAAGAGAAGCGAAGAACAGCGGAAGAAUUACGUCAAACAGAGGAAGCGCAUCUACAAGCAAAAAUGCUAGAAUACCAGUUCAUACAUCCUCAUCAUCAUCCGCAUCAUGAAUCAAGUUCCAGCAUGUUGGGAUAUGUUGAUCACUUCCCGGAGCAAAUCAUACCUUCGUCUUCCUUGUCUACAGAGAUGAAUACAUUGUUUUCAUCUGAUUAUCACUACAAUAUGAUAGAAACAACAAGUGCUGCAUCCUCUCCCUCGCUUGAAUUCGUUUCAAUUACUUCGCCGCAACCUGUUGAUCUUUGUCACAUUCCAAGUUCGCCUCCAGAGUUACCAAUGUUUCCAGCAUCUGCACCUGUUGUCACUUCGAAACCAACACAGAGAAAAUCUCGCUCAUCUAUCCAUCGCACACUUUCUUAUGAGAGUAUCAUGGAAUUAAACACAGACAGACCCAAGCAGUCUCCACCACCACAACAGCCGUUAGAUCACGAAAAGGUAAUGGAAGCUCUUCGUGCAAAAUUAAGAAAAUCCUCGUCGCCAAAACCAAAGUCUGCACCAGAACCAACGCCCCCUCCAAAUACCUAUCCAACAACUGGCGUACUAUUUCUCGAUCUUAAGCAUCGACGUCGAAAAGCCUCAGCUAGCAAACGAAACAGUUACAAGUCGAUAUAG